AUUUGCUAGCUGUGCCAGCCUUGCCAUGUCGACAUCUGACCACUUGGUAGGUUGGGCACGAAAUGGCCGCCCCAGACUUGACUCAGAGCCACAGGUAUCACGUACCGUCAGCCAUUCUUCUCAAGUUGUCUACAGCGACAACACGGCUUUGUGGGACCUCCUCACAAAGUCCGCUUUGAUUCUGGAUGGCGUGGAUGAUGCCAGAGCGUUGAUGGAGUAUCGACAUAGGAAUCUGCAAUGGCGGACGGGCCUGGCCAGCGGAGCACAGGGCGAGGUGACCAUGGCGGACCAACCGCCCAAAGGUUUCGUCCGCUGCUCCUCAUGGCCCACCAUCAAAGCCCCUGAACCAGACAGGAGGAUAUGGAUGUUGAGCGUGGAGGUGGAAAAAGACCUGAAGGCAAAAGCGCCCAAGAUUUGGAAUCGAUUGCAAACGCAUCUUGGUCAAGCCAUCCAAUAUUUGGUGCUGAUGUUGGUGGUGGCCACCUACGCAGCUUGUCCAUUGACUGUGUCCUGGGCAAAGGUGGUCGGUCAUGGCGAGGAUGGCUUGCCCAUCAAAGGCCGGCCGUUCAAGGAAGGCUCUGUCAUUGUUGCCUCUUGGCUCCUCAUUUGUUGUGUGGGCCUCUCCCUCUCUUUUGCUUCGGGCGGAUUGAAACAUGUGAGGCAGUGCUUCGACCUGAAGCACAUCAUCGUCUUCGCUCCUGCGGGCAUUGGUUGGGCCAUGGCAGAUGUGUGCGAGGUCUUGGCUGUGGCCAGGAUCGACCCGGCGACCUACGGCGUGUUGUCACAGGGGCGUUUGCUCUCCAGUGCAGCCGCCGGAUGGAUGAUUUGUGGCGCUUGGCAGACGGGCUUGCAGUGGGGAAUCUUGGCGUGUUUAUCUUUGAUUUGCAUGGCAUACUGCAUGGUACCGGAUGAUUCGCGACCCAACUCAGAGCGUCUGUUUGAGUGGCGCUUGCGGCAGGAUACGUGGCUGACCGUGGAUCGCUUUCAUACACCGGAACCAGAGGAGCACCUCCUAGGAGGCAUUUUUGCGUUGACGAAGGUGACACUGUCAGUGCUUUGUAGCGUCUAUGUUGAGACCUGCUUCAAAUCCAGUGGAGCUCAGCCUAUGAGAUUGCACGUGCAGAUGACGCAGGUGUCCUUCAGCAGCAUUAUCGCAGCAUCGACAGGAUAUCUCCUGAUUUGCCUCUUGCGGCACGAAGAUCCAACCCAUUUCUUUAGCUCCUCGGUCUGA